AUGCGCCACUUCACCGUCAACUUCGGUCCUCAGCAUCCUGCAGCCCACGGUGUGUUGCGUCUUAUUCUCGAGCUUAACGGAGAGGAGAUCAUUCGUGCCGACCCUCACGUCGGUCUCCUUCACCGUGGUACCGAGAAGUUCAUCGAAUACAAGACCUACCUCCAGGCCUUGCCAUACUUCGACCGUCUCGACUACGUUUCUAUGAUGUGUAACGAGCAGGUGUUCUCCCUCGCCGUUGAGAAGCUCUUAAACGUUGAGGUUCCUGAGCGUGCACAGUACAUCCGUACCCUGUUUGGUGAGAUCACCCGUGUUCUCAACCACCUUAUGGCUGUCCUCACCCACGCUAUGGAUGUUGGUGCUUUGACUCCCUUCUUGUGGGGUUUCGAGGAGCGUGAAAAGCUUAUGGAGUUCUACGAGCGUGUGUCUGGUGCACGUAUGCAUGCCGCUUACGUGCGUCCCGGUGGUGUUUCCCAGGACCUUCCUAUUGGUUUGUUGGACGACAUUUACCAGUGGGCUACUCAGUUCGGUGACCGUGUUGACGAGAUCGAGGAGUUGUUGACCGACAACCGUAUCUGGAAGGCUCGUACGCAGCACAUCGGAAUUGUUACUGCUGAGGAGGCGAUGAACUACUCUUUCUCCGGUGUUAUGUUGCGAGGAUCUGGUAUUCCAUGGGAUGUCCGUAAGGUGCAGCCUUACGAUGCUUACGACAAGGUUGAGUUUGACGUCCCUGUCGGUACUAACGGGGACUGUUACGACCGUUACCUCAUCCGUAUUGAGGAGUUCCGUCAGUCCCUUCGCAUUAUCCACCAGUGUCUGAACAAGAUGCCCGGUGGUCCCGUCAAGGUUGAGGACUUCAAGAUUGCUCCUCCUCCGCGCACGAUGAUGAAGGAGGACAUGGAGGCCCUUAUCCACCACUUCUUGCUCUACACUAAGGGUUACGCUGUUCCUCCGGGUGAGACCUACACUGCCAUUGAGGCACCAAAGGGUGAGAUGGGUGUAUACGUUGUUUCUGAUGGUACUGAGCGUCCUUACCGAUGCAAGAUUCGUGCGCCUGGUUUCGCGCACUUGGCUGGAGCAGACUUCAUGGCCAGGAAGCAUUACUUGCCUGAUAUGGUCGCCAUUAUCGGUACCAUGGAUUUGGUGUUCGGUGAGGUUGACAGAUAA